GCGUCGCCCCCCCACAGAGGCGGCAGUGGUCGCUGGAACAGUCGCUGGAACAAUCACUCGGCGCCCGCCAAAAUCGGGGGAUUACCAAAGUGUGUCCUCGCCAGCCCAGCCCCGAGACUCCCGCCAAACGCUCUCACCUUUUCUCUCCGACAUUAUUAAACAUCGCGCCAUCCCCCUCACCUCGUUCCGCCGAAGCCGUGCUUUGCGUCUUGUUUGGGCGUAUCUUAUUAUCCUUGUUCCCCAUACUUGCUUUUUGUCUUGUCAGAAGCCGGUCUUCUGCCGUUGUGCUUGCCCGGGUCGAAAAAGAAAUUGCCCUCGUCACGACAUGUACAGAUUGCGCCAUUGAGACAACCAACAUCCUCCGAUUAGCUCUGCCGCGACCGUAUAUCGAUCUGCCUCCCGUCGACGGCACUGCGACUGGCCCCUAUAAAAAACAUCACCGUCAUUGUCGCGACAAGCUGAGAUGGCUCCCUCGCACAUUGAGAUCCCGAAGCGGGAUAGCCAGUCGUUGUCGCACCUCUCUGCCCCAACUGGUGGUGCACACAUGGCAACUACAACACUCCGAGUGAGCGGCAUGACCUGUGGCGCUUGCACCUCCGCCGUUGAGGCUGGGUUUAAGGACGUUGACGGCGUUGGCAACGUCUCCGUCAGCCUUGUCAUGGAACGAGCCGUUGUGAUGCACAACCCGAAAUUAAUCACUGCCGAACAAAUACAAGAAAUUAUCGAAGACCGAGGUUUCGACGCCGAGGUGCUCGCUACGGACCUUCCAAGUCCGAGCGUCACCCGGUUCUCUAACACAUUUGCCGACAAUGGUAUCUUGACCACCACAAUCGCCAUCGAGGGCAUGACCUGCGGGGCAUGCACUUCUGCGGUUGAGGGUGGAUUCAAGGGUAUUCCUGGCAUGAAGCACUUUAGUAUUUCUCUACUUUCCGAACGAGCCGUCAUCGACCACGACCCAACCGUCCUUACCGCCGAGCAAAUCGCCGAGAUCAUCGAAGACCGAGGUUUCGGAGCUGAAAUCGUCGAUAGCGUCAAGGCGCGAAGCAAAGCUCACGACGAGGAAGAUUCGAAUAGCACUAUCGCAACCACAACGGUUUCUAUUGGUGGCAUGACGUGCGGAGCCUGCACAUCCGCCGUUGAAGGUGGAUUCAAAGGAGUCGACGGUAUCCUUCGAUUCAACAUUAGUCUGCUGGCUGAGAGGGCACUAAUUACACAUGACGUGACCAAGAUUACUUCCGCCCAGAUUGCUGAGACGAUUGAAGAUCGUGGCUUCGACGCUGAGAUUUUGUCAACCGUUUUCGACAGCGUUGACCUAGGGCCUCAGUCGUCUGUGGCGCAGUUCAAGAUAUAUGGCGAGACAAGCUCUGUUAUUGCCCAAGCGCUAGAGGAGAAGCUUCGCCAGCUGCCUGGCGUGACCGCUGCAUCCCUCAGUUUGGCUACUGAUAGACUCUCUGUUACUCACCGUCCCAACAUCAUCGGCCUCCGUGCGAUUGUUGAGGCUGUUGAGCAGGAAGGACUCAACGCCUUGGUUGCUGAUACUCAGGACAACAAUGCUCAAUUAGAAUCUCUUGCUAAGACGCGCGAAAUCAACGAAUGGCGCCUCAUGUUCAGAACAUGUCUUGUCUUUGCCAUCCCUGUUUUCAUCAUCGGCAUGGUUUUGCCCAUGGGCUUGAAGAGCUUGGAUUUUGGUGCCUUUGAAAUCAUCCCCGGUCUGUUUUUGGGUGAUUUACUUUGUAUGGCUCUAACCAUCCCGGUCCAAUUCGGUGUUGGUCGACGAUUCUAUAUUUCUGCGUGGAAAUCUAUUAAGCACGGGUCGCCAACGAUGGACGUUCUCGUUAUUCUUGGAACUACAUCGGCCUUUUGCUUCAGUACCUUGACCAUGCUGGUAUCGAUUCUCUUACCUCCCCACUCGCGACCCGGUACUAUCUUCGACACCAGCACCAUGUUGCUCGCCUUUAUUACAUUUGGUCGCUACCUCGAAAACUCGGCCAAGGGCCAAACAUCCAAAGCGCUUUCCCGACUAAUGUCACUAGCACCAUCCAUGGCGACCAUUUACCUCGAUCCUAUUGCUGUUGAGAAGGCGACUGAGGCUAUGGGUAAAGCAGCAGAAGUAGAUGCUAACCAGAAGGAUGCCGGCGCAACCUGGGAGGAGAAGACUGUACCUACAGAGCUUCUUCAAGUUGGUGACAUUGUGAUUAUCCGCCCUGGUGACAAGAUCCCAGCCGACGGUACAUUGGUUCGUGGAGAGACAUAUGUGGAUGAAAGCAUGGUUACUGGAGAGGCGAUGCCUGUCCAAAAGGUUGUUGGUAACAACGUCAUUGGCGGAACUGUCAACGGAAAUGGACGCUUCGACUUCCGCGUUACUCGCGCCGGAAGAGAUACUCAGCUCAGCCAGAUUGUGAAGCUUGUUCAAGAGGCCCAGACGACUCGUGCACCAAUCCAGGAGGUUGCUGAUACGCUAGCUGGUUAUUUCGUCCCGACUAUUAUCACACUUGGGCUCCUUACAUUUACAACUUGGAUGGUUCUGAGCCACGUGCUCCCUGAGCCGCCUGCGAUUUUCUCACAACCCGCCAGUGGCGGUAAGAUUAUGGUUUGCGUGAAGCUUUGCAUUUCGGUUAUUGUUUUUGCAUGCCCCUGUGCUCUGGGUCUGGCGACACCAACCGCCGUCAUGGUUGGUACUGGCAUCGGCGCAGAACAUGGUAUCCUCAUCAAAGGUGGUGCUGCACUUGAACGAACUACAAAGGUUACCCAGGUUGUUCUCGACAAGACUGGUACUAUCACCAAUGGCAAGAUGAGCGUGUCCAACAUGAAAAUUAUUCCUGAGUGGAACUCUGCAAACGAAGCCAGACUCAUGUGGUGGUCCAUUCUUGGUCUCUCUGAGAUGGGCAGUGAGCACCCCAUUGGCAAGGCUAUCCUGAACGCUGCCAGAGAUGAGCUGAACCUCGGUCCUGAUGCUUCUAUUCCCGGAAGUGCUCCAGAGUUCCAGGUCGCGGUUGGAAAGGGUGUCAUUGCACUUGUAGAGCCCGACUCGACAACCAAGCGCGUGCAGUACAAUGUCAUUGCAGGAAACUCCAAGCAUCUCGAGGAUAACAGCAUUGAAAUUCCAGCAGAUGCUCUGGAACAGUCUGAGGAGCCCAAGCUUGGCACUAAGGGCAAGGGAAAAUCCGGAUCCAAGGCUGCCAGUGCGGCUACAACAACCAUCUUUGUGGCUAUCAACGGCAAAUAUACUGGUUUUGUAAGCUUGUCUGAUACCAUCAAGGAAGGCGCCGCUGCAACAAUCUCGGUGUUGCAUCGCAUGAAGAUCAAGACUGCCAUUGUCACUGGUGACCAGAGAUCAACAGCUCUGGCGGUUGCCGCUGCAAUUGGCAUUGCUCCCGAAGACGUCUUUGCCGGAGUCAGCCCCGACCAAAAACAGCAGAUUAUUCAGCAGAUUCAAGCGCGCGGUGAAGUCGUCGCCAUGGUUGGCGAUGGUAUCAACGACUCACCUGCUCUUGCGACGGCUGAUGUCGGCAUCGCCAUGGCCAGCGGUACGGACGUUGCCAUGGAGGCUGCCGAUGUCGUUCUUAUGCGACCGACGGACCUCAUGUCCAUCCCUGCUGCGCUCAACCUGACCCGCUGCAUCUUCCGCCGCAUCAAGCUGAACUUGGCGUGGGCCUGUGUGUACAACUUGGUUGGUCUUCCCAUCGCUAUGGGCUUCUUCCUACCUGUCGGCUUGCACAUGCACCCCAUGAUGGCCGGUCUAGCCAUGGCAUGCAGCAGUGUCAGUGUCGUGGUUAGCAGUCUGCUGCUCAAGCUGUGGAAGCGCCCACGAUGGAUGGACGAAGCCGAGGCCGAGCGGUCCGGAGGUCUCCGCUGGAUCCAGGGAUCCGGCAUCGUCGGAUGGGUUACAGAAAUGUUCACCAGCAGAAAGGGCAAAGGAGAAGAAGGCUAUGUGCCACUCCAAAACAUGGAUGCGUAGAAGACGUAUCUGUAUCAUAUACUAGAGAGGAUGUAUAGGGGUGGAUGAUUUUGAUUGCCUUUGAUAAGCAUAGCGUGCCGCUUUUUGUGUUUUUUGAGCUCUCUGCUUGACGGAUGAGCCGCAUACCAUUUUUGUUUUUAUGACUUGCUGUUUUCCUUCUAUUUCACGCUGCUCCCAGAGAUCACAAGAUACAUACGUAUAGUUUGGAACAUAAUGAAGAAAUACCCAUUUCACCUCAAAGAUACACAAGGGCGAUAGUGAACAAUA